UCAGUCAAAAGGCAGUCAGACAGGGGUGAGAUCUGGAAAAGCCCCGCAGACAGCGUCUCUGUCCCGCUGUCCGUCCCCCUGCCCGGUCCGGGUGGAACUUCCAGCGGAGCCGCGUCCUCAGUCCUCCCCGGGACGCUUCGGAACCGGAGACUCUCACGCUGGAGCUUGAAAGGGAUUCCCAGUAGACCCGUGAAAAAGGAGGGAAACCUUUUGGGAAAGUACGGGUUCACCUUCCCUCGCCGUCCUGGACGCUGCUGGAUUCCACCAUGGCUGUCGGAUCCUGCGUCCCUCUGCUGCUUUCUGCAGCAGUUUGCCUGGCCUAUGCAGGACCUUUGCUUCGCAGCCCGUGCGAGCUGCUGCCGUCGGGCUCGGGACACCCGGUGCAGGCCGUCCUGCGGAGCUUCGCCACCCUGGCGGGCUGCGCCAGCAGGGCCACGGUCGGCCAGCCGCAGGAGGUCCACGUGGUCAACCUGAGGGGCCGCGCUCCAGAGGGGCCGGACAGCAGUCCCGCCAAGGUGGAGCUCCACCUGAAGCCCAUCCAGUCCAUGCUGUACCACCAGAAGCCCCUGGCCUUCGUGCUCAGCUCCCCCCAGCCGCUCAUCUGGAAUGUCCAGUCGGAGAACCUGGCGCUUCACAUCAAACAUACCUUUCAUGUGAGUGCCGAGGGCUCGCAGGUCUACUUCAAGCCGGAGAACCGUUCCCUCUCCGCCGUCAUCCAGAAGGAGGUGCUCCCCCACGGCAGCGAGCACCUCCUCGCUGGGCCCAGAAGAAGUACGGCGCCGUCACCUCCUUCCCCCGAGCUCAGAAUGACUCAGGCCAUCUAUCAAGUGGGAGAAGAUCCGGAUUUCUCUGAAACGUGCAAGAUUGACAGCAAGUUCCUGUCCUUGAACUACCUGGGCAGCUAUGAGGAGCCGCAGCCGUCCAGGGGCUGCGUCCUGUCCCCGCCCGGCAGGAACCGGGAGGUCCACAUCCUCGAGCUGCAGGCGCCCAACUCCACAGGUGGACUCGUCGUGGACCUGCAGCCUCUGAGGGAGGACGUCCCCGUGUUUCGACACGUCGUCCUGCUGCUCAAGUGCGCCAAGUCCGUCAACUGGGUCGUCAAAACCCACGGCGCCGUCGGGAAGCUGGGAGUCGUGACCUCUGACACCGUAGCGUUAACUCACAUGUGUGGAGUCGCCGGAGAGCGAACUCCUUCCGGAACUCUCCAUCCUGCGGGACUCGGGCGGCUCCCGGCCGCCGUGUGGACGGCGCGCGGGGCGCCGCGCUGCGAGGGACAGAUGGUGGUCAGCGUGGACAGAGACAGCCUGCAGGCGAAUGGAUUCACUCAUGCUAACCUCACGCUCCAAGACCCACAAUGCAAAGCGGUGGUCAAUGCCACCCACUACACGCUGGAGACUCCUCUGACUGGCUGUCAGACCACCAUAUAUCCGAUGCAGGACAGCCCGAUGGCCCUCCACAUUAACUCUGUCUUUAUCAGUCACAGUGAGACUAAGGAUGGCAGUGGCGGGCCGCUGGACGACGAGGACCUGGAGUCUGGAGACGUGCUGAACGCCAAGGGUCCAGAGGAGCUCGAGAGAAUGUUUCUAGAGCGCCAGCAGCCGUCCAUCAUAUCGGUAAGACCCUGGACUCGUCGUUCAAACUGCACGUACAGAAAGCGUCAGGAAGUCGCCGACACGGUGCCGAGGAUUGUGCCGGGACGGCCCGGCCCGCGGCCGGCCGGCGAGCCGGCGUUCGGCAUGGAGCUGUUCAGCACGCCGCAGUUCGCCGGCCCGUCUCGACAGGCCUUCUUCACCGUCUCGCAGAACCAGCCGGUGUUCGUGGAGAUCACUUCUUCUGCGUCCGAUCCCGAGCUGGGCUUCACCAUCGUAGAAUGCUCGAUCUCGCCCAGCGCCAGCCCCAGCGCCACCCUGGACCACGUGCUCAUCAACACGGUGUGCCCAGACGACUCCGUGGUGCUGUACCCUCAGAGGGACGGCCCCGCGGCCCACGCCGGGGCAGAAAAGAGGCGCUUCCGCUUCACCUUCAACUCCAUCAACAUGUCGACUCUCUUCCUGCACUGUGAGAUGUCUCUGUGCUCAAAGAGACUUCACAGCAACCCAAAACCUGCCGCCGGUAAGCCGCCGUCUGCUUUCCAGCACUGA